ACAUAUAAAUCCAUCCUUGGGGACCGUGAGCCGACAGUACUCUACGUUAGGUAAAUUUUCGCGAGGUGAUAAAUAUGUUUGCAAUGAUUUUCCAUGCCAUGGGAAGGUGAGGGCAGAAAAAGAAAAUUUCCAAAAACAACUUCAAUUCUGCCCGCAUUCAGCACUCAACCACAAACGUACCUCACACCACAAGGAAAAGGCCCAUGACCUCUAUACUUAGUAUCUGAAUGAUUUAAGAAUGAAGAACACCUGUGCCCUCCAUGGAGUACACUACCAGAGGGGUCUGUGGGCAGGAAGGGUGCCGUGAAACUCGGUAUUAUCUCGACAAUGGGCUCUGGUUCUGCCGACGGGGUCAUCAGCAAGAGGGCCGGCAAGUUGAAGAAGAGCCCGACGACUUUGGGACACAGGGCAAGACGAAUCGGGUGAAGAAGGCCGCGACCGAAAAGGGUGCAAAGACAUAUCGUGGCCGACAGGCUUACAGCCUCUUCCUGCAGGUGUAUCAGUUGAUCCUCUGGAAGCAGUGCCAUGCCUUGGUGCAAAGCCGAGGGUUUCCGGCGCAACUUGAGCAUGUUGUCCGUGACCUGUGGGCUCUUCGUCUGGAAACCUAUUCGGAAAAGAUAAAAAAUCCAUCCGAAGGUGACGAGGAGACCGAGUUCUUCAGCUCACAGCCCACCGCGGACCAGGAGGAGCCAGACCUCGUUAGAUUUGGCGGGAAGAAUCUGCAAUGGCCCCGACUUGUGGACUCUGUCGGUCUCUGCUAUCUAGGGGCUUUCUUAAUGCGCCUUCCAGUCAGUGUUGCGGACUUUCAUCGGAUGAUCAUGUCCGGAGAUAUCCCUUAUAUUCGCGUAACACGCUCAAUCCCCCGUGAAAUGAGAGAUAAAUUACCUCAGGAGUAUCUCUCAAUAAUCGAGACCACGAGGUUGCUGAAAGCCGAGCACCUCCAUAAGGCUGUGUUGCAAUUGUCACUUCUUUAUCGCCACAAGUUUGGCGUACACUUCCCAGCUCUAAAUCUGCCCCCGAUACUAUAUCACUAUAUUAGGAGACUAGCUCUUCCAAUUGACAUCUACUCCUCCGUGAAAAGACUGCAGGAUCUUCUAGGGUUUUCCUUCGAGUUCCCGAAAGGUCUUACCGGCAGAAGUAGACCUCAUGACCUACCUGAAAUCCAGUUGAUCAGCCUCAUAGUUAUAUCGACUAAGUUACUUUUCCCCUUCGACGACCUUAAGAGAUACCCUACCUCGGCAAAAGAACCCACCACGCAAGUCAUCGAUUGGAAGCUCUGGGCCCAAACCCAGAGACAUUUCGAUAGCCGAGAAACCGCAAGGGGCAGAAUUGGCAAAGGUAAUGAAAUCUUAGUGAAUGAGCGUGAUGUGUUCAACAUGACACCGAGUCAACUGGAUGAGUACAUGAGUUGGUACGAGAACAACUGGCUCGACAAUAGUAAAGCGUCAAAUCCAUUAAGCGAGCUAUUUCCCGUUGGGCCAACCAGCACGGACUCUCAAGAAGUAGCAGGCCCUCCGGACGAAGAUGACGAGGAAGCUAUAGGCUCAAUGCUACGAGCAGUUACACAACAACUUAAGUCGCGGAAAGUUAUCGCUGAGGAUGACUUGGAUAUCCCUCGGCCAGGGUCAAUGUAUGUGCGAUAUAGAAUGGAGUCUGAUUUGCCCGAGAAUGCGCGGCCUUUCUACGAAACGGCAGCAAAGGUGGUUGGGGUAUCAUUAUCUACCCUCGUUCGAGCUGUCUCCCAAGCAGAAUAUAAGAUUAUGCGAUGGCUGGAAGACCAGAGACGCAUUGAGCUUUAUGGAGAUGCUUCGGGCAUGGAGUUUGCGAAAUUCGAUAGCUCUGAUGAUAUGGGUGAACAGGAUAUGACCGAUUCGGAUGACAGUUCUUGAUAUUACGACCUCCAUAUAGGGUAUUACCUCCCUGUCAUAUCUAUCGUUCGAUGCUAUCAAUGUCAAUAAAAGUAGAACUAGCAGAACACCUUACGGUCGCAUGACAAGUCCUGAUGCAGAAUCAAGGGAGCGCUUUAAUCUACUCAAACAAGUCAUUAUCCUUGCGGUACAUGAUUAGCCCAUGAAGGACACCUGCAAUACGACGUUGGGGUAAGCAUUAUAGCGCGAAGUGCUACAGGGAAUCUGAAGCGAUUCGCCCCCCGACGGUCUGACAAAUUACCAUUAUUGCUCCAUC